AUGGCUAAAGAGACCGAGCGGUUUGGCGGGGACCCGUGGAAGAAACUGGUGCUUGGGGGCAUUAGCCAGGGAGGCGCCUUCGGGACAUGGACGCUCCUAUCGCAACGGGGCGUUGAGCGAAAACUGUAUGCCUUCUUUGCCGCUAGCGCUUGGCUCCCAUUCGCGGCUAACGUUAAAGAUCUACUGACUGGCCAGACGAGGGGGCAUACCGGAGCAUCGCCCGGACCCGGGAGCACGGAACCGAAGGAUGCGGUUCUUGCUAUGAUACCACCCUUCGACCUAUCUGUGCCCACCGGGUCUCUAGAGCAGAUCACCAUCUUCCUUGGCCAUAGGGCCGACAAUACGUACGUAAAUGUGGAGCUGGGUCGUCAAGCAGCCCAUGUCUUGACCUAG